AUGAUGGUGAUGGGCAUGGGCAUGGGCAUGGGCAUGGGCAUGGGCAUGGGCAUGGGCAUGGGCAUGGGCAUGGGUUUGGGCAUGGUGAUGGGGCAGAGCGGAUGGGGCGAGCUGGAGACAGUUGACGCGCUCACUCGCCGCAUGCUUCAUCCGCCAGCCGAUGUGUGGACGAGUGGCGAGCUCGAUGUCGAGGUUACUUGGAAUGAUGGCGAAUGGGAGGUUGUUUAUGGCGGUCAAGAUGCCGAGGAUACAGUGUAUGCUGCUGGUUUCUCCUUUGCCUCACCGGGUUGGUCGCCGGAGCUCGCCGCUGCCGUGCCCAUGCUCGCUGCAUCGGAGAGAGCCAUGGCCCGAGUGGUGACCGACGAUCCGGGAGCGUUUCUCGCUGGCAAGCAGGCAGUGCUUGUGGGCGCACCACCGUCAGGCAUCGAGGGCUUUUCUCGCCCGACAACAGCUGUCGGCAUCCCGCUGGCACACAAGCACGGGGUGGCGACGGUCAUGAUCGAGGCGCCCAUGUACGGCCGGCGGCGGGCAGCACACCGCAAGACCGGCAACGCGGCGCGGUUCGAAGGCGCGGCCGACCUUAUGGCGCAGGCCGCGGUCAUUGCCCACGAGCAGCGGGCCAUGCUCGAGUGGCUCCGCAAUGACAUCGGCGCUUCGAACCUGGUGGUCGGCGGCCUCUCGUACGGCGGCCUCAUGUCGUCCAUCGUGGCCACCACGCUGCCGUACGAGACCGGGUUAGUUGUCGGCUUUGCGCCAGUCUCACCCGAGCGGGUCUUUGCCGAUCCGGCCACGGUCAUGGGCCGCACCGUUGACUACGCCAAGCUUGGCGCCGACGAUGGGACCGAUGCCGAGACGGCGCGGGCGAAGCUUGCGGCGUACCUCCGCGAGGACGCCUCGCUCGCGGUUCGCCCGCUCCCGAUUGCCACUCAAGUGCCUGGCCGCAUCGAGGCGCUGUCGGCAGUCCACGACGGCUUUGUCCUCCCGGAAAUGAGCAUCGCCCUCCACGAGCACCUCAUGCUCCCCGAGUCGGCCAUCACCUGGUGCGUCGGUGGCCACGCGUCGUCGUUCAUUCUGCAUACACGAGAGUUUUGCCGCGCUGUGGCCCGGGUUGCCGCUGCCCACGUUCCGCCUUCGACUCGGCUGUGAGCGCUUAUCAUUUCGGUCUUCAGCCGUUGGUUACGUCGCCGAGCGGCGUGCGCUGUGCUGCAAACGGCGAUCGCGCCGCCUUGCGCCAUCGAGCCGUCCGCGGCUGUGACUUGAUUUUGAGCGGCGUGGCGUCCUCAGGCGCACCAGCCGGCACCGGCGACGAAUCACAACAGUCGCUUGCGUCCGAGGCCGACUCGUCACCCAGCCCACACGAGAGGUCAUCAGCGUCGCACAUGACCGACGUGUCGAGGCGAGGCGCGGCGAGCGGCGAGGCGAGCACGCCCGGAUUGGUGGUCAGCUCGGUGACCGGCGGGCGGAGCCACGGAUCCGAACGCGAGGCCAGCGCGGCAAGGCGGUGGACAGGCGGGGUGCUUGGAUCCGGAAGCACCGACUGAGGAGACUCGGAGCUCGCGCUGCCGGACGCCGGCCAGUCAUCCAGUCCGUCUUCGGUCAGCUGCGACGACGACGACGACGGGGCAAGAUCGAUCGGCCCCAGAUUGACCACCACCUCUUCGACUGGCAUCCGCUCGCUGUUCGCAUUGCCGCAGCCGUGCUUGCCAACGUCGACCGGGGUGGCCGGCGCCGCGGCAGGUGCAUGGGUAAACGCCGACAUUCCUUC